AUGAAUAAUGAGAACAAGCUGAGUAGUGACGAAAUUGCACUUUAUGAUCGUCAAAUUCGGUUGUGGGGUAUGGCAGCUCAAGCAAGAAUGCGUUCAACUCAAGUUUUAUUAAUUGGAAUUGGAGCAAUUGGUCAAGAAAUAGCGAAGAACAUUGUGUUGAGUGGUAUCGGCCAAUUGACUUUGCUAGAUGACCGUAUCUUAACUGAGGAAGAUUUAGGAAGUCAAUUUUUUGUUUCUAAGAAUGAAGUUAGUAUGAAACGAUUGGAGGCUGCAGGCCCAAGAAUUGCAGAUUUAAAUCCUAGAGUCACUUUACAUGUUGAUACUGAUAAGUUGAGAGCAAAAAAUGACGAAUAUUUCUCCAAAUUUGAUCUUAUAGUAGGUACUGAGUUGAUACCUGCAGAUGCCAGUUGGCUAAAUGAUGCCACUCGAAGAUUAAAUAUCCCAUUAUACAUUACAGGCUCUAAUGGGUUGUCGGCUUAUUGUUUUAUUGAUUUGAUUCAAUUUGAUUCUCAAGAUACAAAAUUACAGAGCCAAAUACCCACAAAAUUAGGAAAAGUAUCAAAGAAUAGGACGAUAACAAAUAUUGAAAUAAAAGAAGAUUCUAAUAAUAAUGACAAAAAACAAGAAAUAAUCACCACAAGACAUAUAUAUAAAUCAUUUAGUGAGUUAUUAAAAACAUUUACCUUUGAAGGGUUACAUCGUAGACAAAUUAAGAGAAUGUCCAAUAUGGUGCCUCUAACUCUUGCUUUAUUAACGAUUCCAGAAGAACUUAAUAAUGAACAGCUUACAAUAGAUCAAUUAAAAGAAUAUACGUUAAAAGUUUGCAAUCAAGGUGGUUUGCUAAAAGAUAUACUUCGUGAUGAAAGUAUUGAACAGAUGGUAAGACAAAGAAAUAUUGAAUUUAGUCCCGUUGCUGCUAUCAUGGGGGGUGCAGUUGCUCAAGAUGUAAUAAAUAUCUUGGGUAAAAAACAGUCACCACUAAAUAAUUUCAUUGUUUUUGAUGGCAUUACUCUUGAUAUGCCAAUAUACGAAUUAUAG